GGACACCACCACCACCAAGUGAACACGGCAGCCGGUAAAGACGCAGGCGCGACCCCCGGCGCUGCGACGACGUGCAGCCCCGAGAAGAGGAGGAGAAGGAUCCGGGUGUGGUGCGAUGGCUGCUAUGACAUGGUCCAUUAUGGCCACUCCAACCAGCUACGACAGGCCAAGGCCAUGGGAGAUUACCUCAUCGUUGGAGUACACACAGAUAGUGAGAUUGCGAAGCACAAAGGUCCGCCAGUCUUCACUCAGGCGGAAAGAUACAAGAUGGUGAGGGCCAUAAAAUGGGUGGAUGAGGUCGUGGAAGGAGCGCCUUACGUCACCACCCUCCAGACCCUCGACAAGUACAACUGUGACUUCUGUGUGCACGGAGAUGACAUAACACUAACAGUGGAUGGCAAAGACACAUAUGAAGAGGUGAAGAAGUCAGGGCGGUACAGAGAGUGUAAGCGGACGCAGGGAGUUUCAACCACAGAUCUAGUUGGCAGGAUGCUACUGAUGACCAAAGCACAUCACAGCAACAUUGAUAGUUCAGACUAUCAGAAGCACACGGACAACUUUGGAAAGGGGUCACAUGGUCAGAAGGGCCACAGUCCCUGGACGGGGGUGUCUCAGUUCCUGCAGACUUCACAGAAGAUCAUCCAGUUCGCGUCAGGCCAGGAGCCUCAACCCGGAGACACGAUCAUCUAUGUGGCAGGAGCCUUUGACCUCUUCCACAUCGGCCACGUGGACUUCCUGGAAGCAGUGCAUAAGCUCUCAGAAAAGCCCUACAUUAUAGUGGGGUUGCACUUUGAUCAGGAGGUCAACCGUUACAAAGGGAAAAACUACCCCAUCAUGAAUGUCCACGAGAGGACGCUCAGCGUCCUGGCUUGUCGACAUGUGUCAGAAGUGGUGAUCGGUGCACCUUUUGCAGUCACAAAAGAUUUGCUGGAACAUUUUAAGGUGGAUCUUGUAUGCCAUGGAAAAACGGAAAUAUAUCCAGACAAGGAUGGCUCUGACCCUUAUGCUGAGCCGAGGAGGAAAGGAAUCCUACGUACCGUUGACAGUGGGAACAGCCUUACUACAGAUGCCAUCGUGCAGAGGAUAAUCAAAAACAGGUUGCUAUUUGAAGCGAGGAACCAGAAGAAAGAGGCCAAAGAGAUUGCCGUGAUCCAGGCCAUGAAGCGACAGGAGGAGGAGAAGACUAAAGAAAGAUCCCAGGCUGUGCUGUAGGAAGCUCCCGAACAAGCACCGAGUUGUCGACGCCGACACGCCCAGUUCAUCUAAACUCAUGCACAGUCAAAAUCAACCCUUUUAUAUGUCUGACACCCUCCACACACGAUCCUGGCUAAUAACAGCAGUCCUCACAGCAAAGCCAGGGCGCCAUAGUUUGCUGUGGGAACAUCAGGUAUACCGCGUGUGUCCUUGUGUGCGAUUGUGUGUGUGUGGGAAAUCUUCUGUGUAUUAAUAUAUUCGGCACAUAUGCAAAUACAUGUUCAUGUCAGUCAACAAUCACACACACGGACAGAGUUGGAGCAAAGAAGAUAUCAUUAUGUCUUCAAAUGUCGAUUUGAUGUCUUUGGAUAUUUUUUUAACCCUCAAGUACUCUUGUUUAUUUUUUUUGCCCUCAAAACGUAUUGAAUUUUAAGUACACUAUUGUGGGAUUUGGACAUAUGAAGGGCAAGUGUUGGUCAGGCAUUAAGCUGUAACCAGGAAGUGACUUGAUGAGUCGCCUUCAUGGUGUUAUUGCUGCUUUCUCUCCAUUGGGUGUAGCCCCACAACUGAUCUAUGUAUAAACUGUAUGUACUGUAUCUAUGUAUUAUUUCUGGAGGACGCUAAAACCACUGAAUUAGGGGACACUCCCCCCCCCCCCUCACACACACACUUCUCUGCAUCUAACUUGGGUUGUUUGGAUGUGAGAAGCUGUUGAAAACCUUUUCUGGAUCUCGUGUACCUACAGAAAUCAUCAACACUGUCCUGUUUUACUGGUAGAGCAGGUUUUAACAUAAAAAAAAGCCCAGAUCUGUAUGCCUGGCCUUUUGAGUGCAAUUGUAUUAUUUUUUUUAACCAACACUCCUUGGUUUUUAUCCUAAUAUAGAGAACAAUACAGAGUUUUAACAGACUGCUUUUAAGCUUUAGGUUUCUUAGGAUA